AAACAAAGGGGGCGACGAGUACACUGAGGCUCCGCUGCUGAGCACGCUGCUCACUGACCUUCUCCAAAAUGGUCCCAGGACUGUGUUCAGGGAUGAGACAGGCAUCCUGGGAGGGCUGGGAUCGCUGCCCUCAGACCGUGGACGGGAGCCAGGCUGCCACGGAAACAAAACCAUCGUCCUGGAUAUGGUGUUGGAAACUUUAUUUCUCAUGUGGGAUGUCUCGAAACAGGUACAAAACACUGAAAGGAGUUAUGAGCAUAUAGAAAAGUUUACAUAGAUACAGACUCUGUACAUAUACAAAGGGUCAGUCGCACCUUAAAUACGUCCUCUUGUUGGCAAACACUCACCCUCUUUAAAGACUGCAAUGAUUUAAAGUCUCUCGAGUGUCACAGAGGUCAAAAUCCAACCCCAUCUACCUCCUGAAAUUUCAUCACCGUACACAGAUGUAGCCCAUCAACCAUCAAAUCAUUUCCAGUUUAUCCUCUACAAUCCCAACGCUCCCAACCUGGGGACUCAGGGGGGAACCAGAGAUCUCAGGGGGAGUGUAUUUUUGACAGCAUGCAUCACUUAGUUUCCGUGAGGUUCAGCUUUUCUCUGAUCCAAGUGAGGAGACUGUAAACCUCUGCCCUGUCCCAGGUUGUUGGAUCAUAUAACUGUCCGUUUCCAAGCUGUAUACUGAGUUAAGCAGGAAAACCUGAAACUGCAGACCCUCUAUUUCUCCUCUGUCUCCCCUGCUAACAGGCUCUAACUCUGCAGCAGCCCCCUGAGCCCGUGGGUGCUGGCGGACUGCAGAGCUGAUUCACUCUGGAGAGUCCCUCCAGGCGCCCGCUGCACGAACUCCUCACAUGAAUCUGUUUCCUAACAGUGAAGCUGUGCAGACUCAAGUGUCUCCGUCUGCUGCUGAGUCUCACAUCCAGAGAAGAUGAAGAGAAGAAACUGAAGACUCCUAACUCAGUCUAA